AUGAGCCGCCCGUCCUCCGCCGGACCGGGCGCUAGCAAGCCCUGCGCCAAGCAGCAGCAGCCGCAGCAGCGCGCCCCGUCGCCGGCCGCCCCCCUCUCCGCCGCCGCCGCCGCCGCCCUCUCCGGCCCCUCGGCGGUGCCCGGCGCGGCCGCGGCCGCCGCCCUCUCCAGCAGCCCUGGCGGGGCAGGGGGCGUCGGGGGGGCCCCGCCGCCCUCGCCCCCGCCCCACGAGCUGACCUCGCUCUUCGAGUGCCCCGUCUGCUUCGACUACGUCCUGCCGCCCAUCCUGCAGUGCCAGGCCGGCCACCUGGUGUGCAACCCAUGCCGGCAGAAGCUGAGCCUCUGCCCCACGUGCAGGGGGGCCCUCACCCCCAGCAUCCGCAACCUGGCCAUGGAGAAGGUGGCCUCGGCCGUCCUCUUCCCCUGCAAGUAUGCCACCACGGGCUGUUCUCUGACACUCCAUCAUACAGAAAAGCCAGAGCACGAAGACAUUUGUGAAUACCGCCCGUAUUCCUGCCCGUGUCCCGGUGCCUCUUGCAAAUGGCAGGGCUCCUUAGAAGCAGUCAUGUCUCACCUCAUGCACGCCCACAAGAGCAUCACUACGCUGCAAGGAGAAGACAUUGUCUUCCUCGCCACAGACAUUAACUUGCCGGGGGCUGUCGACUGGGUCAUGAUGCAGUCGUGCUUCGGGCACCACUUCAUGCUGGUGCUGGAGAAGCAGGAGAAGUACGAGGGCCACCAGCAGUUCUUCGCCAUCGUCUUGCUCAUCGGCACCCGCAAGCAAGCAGAGAACUUUGCGUACAGACUCGAACUGAACGGCAACCGGCGGAGGCUGACCUGGGAGGCCACACCGCGGUCCAUCCACGAUGGUGUGGCGGCGGCCAUCAUGAACAGCGACUGUCUUGUUUUCGACACCGCCAUAGCACACCUUUUCGCAGACAAUGGAAACCUUGGGAUCAACGUCACUAUUUCUACAUGUUGUCCGUGAUACUUCUGUGUAAUUAGUGAGGCGGAUAUGGUUGUCCUGGACAUGGUGUUUUUUUCAUUCAUGGUUUUUAAAAUGGUAUUCAACGAUGUCUUCGUAAGUAGUAGGGUUCUUCCUUAGCCUACCAUUUUGUAAAUCCUCCCCUCCCUCCUUGAGUUGUUUCUUAAAGCGAGGGUG